UAGCCCCGCCCACAUCUGCUGCCUCCAGGGACCUGCACCCGCAGCUGUCUCCGCACUCGGAAGCUCGCGGCCAUGGGCUCUUGGACAAAGUGCCAGAGCUGCCUGGCGCCCGGCUUGCUGCAGAACCGUGCGGCCAUUGUCACCGGCGGGGGCACGGGCAUCGGAAAAGCCAUCGCCAAGGAGCUCUUGCACCUGGGGUGUAAUGUGGUCAUUGCAUCCCGUAAAUUUGACAGACUAAGAGCUGCUGCAGAAGAACUGAAAGCCACUCUGCCUCCCAGCAACAAGGCUGAAGUCACUCCCAUACAGUGCAACAUCCGGAAAGAAGAGGAGGUGAAUAAUUUGAUGAAAUCUACCUUAGCUCUUUAUGGUAAGAUUGAUUUCUUGGUAAACAAUGGUGGAGGCCAGUUCUGGUCUUCUCCUGAACACAUCAGUUCAAAGGGAUGGCAUGCUGUGAUUGAAACCAACCUGACGGGCACCUUCUACAUGUGCAAAGCAGCUUAUAAUUCCUGGAUGAAAGAGCAUGGAGGAGCUAUUGUUAAUAUCAUUAUCCUUCUUAAUGGACAACCAUUUGUGGCUCACAGUGGAGCUGCAAGGGGAGGUGUUUACAAUCUCACCAAGUCCCUGGCUCUGGGCUGGGCCAGAAGUGGAAUAAGAAUCAACUGUGUUGCUCCUGGAACAGUUUAUUCCCAGACUGCUAUGGACAACUACGGCGAUAUGGGAAAAACCCUUUUUGCAGAUGCCUUUCAGAAAAUCCCAGCUAAACGGUUGGGCGUUCCUGAGGAGGUCUCCUCUUUAGUUUGCUUUCUGCUGUCACCUGCGGCUUCCUUUAUCACUGGACAGUUGGUGAAUGUGGAUGGUGGCCAGUCGCUAUACUGUCAAAACCAUGACAUACCAGAUCAUGACAACUGGCCUGAGGGAGUGGGUGAUCUUUCCACUGUGAAGAAGAUGAAGGAGUCUUUUAAGCAGAAAGCCAAGCUCUAAGCCAAAGGAUCGGCCACUGUGUUUUGUUCCAGAGUGCCUUAGCAUCUUGAGAAAGCACAUGUGUAUUUUAGAAGAGUUUAUAAUUUUGUGGGGAAAAAAAUCACUUCUGGUUUUGUGAUGUAAUCAAUUAUGUCUAUGCAAAAAAAAAUUCCUCGAAUAUAUGCACAUUUGUGUCCCAACCACCAUCUUUUAACAUGUUAAAGAUUAAUUUUUUUAAAGAAUGGAGAUUAGCGCACUGUAAUGAUCAUCCUUCUUAUUUCUAACAUAGGUAUGUAAAAAAUGAUAUGAUUUAGAUGAAAAACAAUGAGAAAAAUCAUGACUUCUCAAAAGGUUUUACUAUGAAGAUGGGAGAAAAUAUAUCUAAGUUGUCAAUAAUGGUGAUCAUUACAACUAGAGUUAUACAUCUCAUAUUUGAUGAAAAAAUACUUUUGUAUCAGUAAAGCCUUAUGGUAAUUA